AUGGACAUCCAGGAUGAUAAAGAUCAGCAGCAGAAGCAGCAGCCCCAGCAGCAGCAGCACCUACAACAACAGCAACAACAGCAGCAGCAACAACAGCAACAGCAGCAGCAGCAACAACAACAACAACAACAGUUCAGGGCGGGAAUAGCUGAUAAUGUUGAAACCCCUUGUAACAUAACCAUCACGGUAGUUGGCCACAAAGGAGUUGGGAAAUCCUGUUUUGUGAAACAAAUCCAGAAAGAACACAUUCUGGAAGGAGGGCCUACUUCAACCAACACCGCUGACUUUUAUGUUAAUUACUUAGCUUACGAUCCGAACAGCGGUUUCCGAAAGAAACUUGAUGAAAAUGGGGAAGAAGAAAGUGGUCGCCGAAGACUCAAGCGAAUAAUAGAUCGAUACCAAAAACAAAGAAAGCCUGAUGCAGAAUCUCCUAUAAGUUCGACCGAACUACAGGACCAGGAUAUUAAAGAUCAACCAUCAUCUCAACCAUCAUCUCUCACCAAAACAAGACUGAGAAAUGAAGUAUCGACGUCAUCAUCUGGCGCAAAAUCUGUGCAUGAACCAUCUCCACCAGCUUCAUUAUCCACGACAAAACCAGAGGAUCACCGGAAAAGGAAAUCGCAUUUGAAUCCUUCCCGUUCAAAUGAUAUGAAGCGUAUGAAGUUAUCUUCCGAGCAACAAAACGUUAUAGAAGAGAUUAUGCAGACUAAAACUGAAACCGAGGAAAAAGACAAGCAGACGAAGGGCUUCGUCACAAUCUAUGAUUUUGGAGGAGAGAAAGUGUUCUAUAACACCCAUCACUGUUUUAUGUCAAGUAACAUGGUCUUCGUUCUGGUGUUCGACGUAGCGAUGUGUCUUGAUCCUAAUAGGUCUAAGGAUGGCUAUGAAAGGAUCGAAACCUGGUUGAGGUCUAUUGCUACCUAUGCUAUUGAUCAAGCAGUCCGUGGCAAAGGGACGCCUCCCAUAAUCCUGGUGGGAUCUCACUUGGAUAAAGUGUCUCAAGAUAAAGAAAAACAGGAAGAAGCAUUUGGCGAAGUGCUGAACAAACUGUACGAGAACCCUCAAUUGCGUGUAAUAAUGGAAAAUCACGUACAGGAAAUGUAUCCAAUCGCCCACCUGAACGAUUCAGAAAGGAACCAAGACAUAUACGAGGUGGUAUGGAAAAAGGUUAUCGAGAUUGCUCCGCUUCAAUCGCAGUGGAAGGAACCUAUACCUGCAAGGUGGCUGGCUCUGCAACACCAGCUGAUUAAACGGAAAAAUGCAGGGACUGUAAUUCUAACGCAUGAAGAAUUGUUGGAAAUCAACAACAAGUCAGCUAUUCCAUUGGACGAACAUGAACUCAUGAAGUUUCUUAAGAAUUUGAGAUUUGAUGGUUGCUUUAUUUGCUUUAACAUUGAAAGCAUGAGGCCUUUCGUCAUUUUAAGACCUCAAUGGGUAAUAGAUGCCUUUAAAGGGAUCGUUACAGAUCUCAAGUUCACGGCCGACCUAUCGUCGAAACUAAAGCUUCAGUGGAGAGAAUAUGAAAGAACUGGCGUCCUAACGCUCGACUUUAUCCGGCAACUUUGGGAACAAAACGACGACAAAAGCUUCCUUGCAAACAUGAAAACGCUCUUCAACAUCAUGGAAACACUUGGCUUGGUAGCAAAUCCAUUGCAAGAUACUUCAAAUGACGAGGUUGAUUACUUCAUAGUGCCUAUUAUGCUCCGAACGGCGGAUCCCGAUAUAGUUCGACCGUUACUUGAUGACCCUGAAACCGUUGCCACUGUCACUCUUUGUUUCAAGUUCGACAACCCAUUCAUUCCACAAGCCGUAUGGGACAAGAUGGUCGCUGCUUGCCUCCACAGGUUCCAGCGACUAAAUGAGCGCGGUCAUGACGGUUCAAAGUUUAUCCAACGCGGAUUUGUCUGUCUAGCAGUAGACUUUCUGUGGAGCGUGAUUGUCAACUGCCGCGAAAAUGUCAUGAAGAUUACUAUGUUCAAGAAGGAUACGGAUCAAUCAGUUCCAACAGGAGCCGGAGUUAACCUACGCAGCAUUCUAGAAUUUCAUCUUAACAGGAUUCUAGAAUUGAAUCACCAGAGUCAUCUCAAGUACCAGUUCUACCUCCACAACGACUACCGCUUCUCGGCCGAUGACAAGAUGGUGAAGGUAGACGAUCUCCGACAGACCUCACGCCUACAAAGCUACAGUUCUACUAAGAGCCGAUGGCUAGUAAGAGAGGACAUACACAUCUGGUUCAAAAAUCCAGACCAGAAGAGGGCACGGACCCAGAGAAGUCAUGUCGACUCGAUGAAUGAUCUACCGGAUAGAAAGUUGUCAGUCAAAGAGAUGGGUCGACUGUCUAGGUACAUCGGCUUGGCCUAUCAGUCUUUCUUUACCGAGCUGGACUGCCCUGUUGUAUUAUUGGAACAGAAGAUUGCAGAAAACCAGGAAUUCUCCCAUAGAUCUCUCAUAACGAAGAUCUUUAUUCACCUCCUUGAAACGGGCGCGGAUGUUACAUUCACAAGAGUCGCAGAUGCGAUGUCCGAGCAUGGAUUAGAUCCAAAAAAGCUGUAUAGCAUCAUUGACGACAACAGGGAUAUGUUGUUUAAUGACGACACUUUGUCAGAGGGAUUUUUACAGAAAUGCCUAACGGUAUAUGACGCUCCGGUCAUUGCCGACCACGUGAACGCCAAAAAGUACUUCAACCUGUUCCUUGAGCUCGGCUUAACGCCAAAAAGAGUUGACGAGUUAGACGUCAACUUCAGAAACGAUACAAUUCUUAACAGGAUCAAUGCGAUGGUUGAGGAGUUCAUUGAGAAUCCUAGUCGACGUCCUACUCUAAACACAGUUCUGCUUGCGAUGGCGGAAUGCGACAUGGACACCAAUUCCCUCAUCCAAGCCCUACCUUAAACAAAGUGAAAGCAGGACAGCCUAUUAGAUGUUUGAGAUUUGGAGCAAGUUCCGGACUUGGUGUUCUGACGCGGAAAAGCGGCCAGAUUACAAUGCAUUGUACAUCCCAUGGGAUGAAUCAAGGUUUCACAAAAAAACGUGUCAUGAAAGGCCGACUUGUUAUCAGUGACAUUAAAGACGUCAAUUUCUGUUAGCGUGGUGAUUCUGGAUCGGAAGUGUUUGUCAUGACCCUUACCCUACAUACUACCCGGACACGUGACUGUAGAUAGCAAUUGAGUUUAUCAACAGCAAACUUAUCGUUAAACCAAUUGGAAACAUUAUCGGGAAACUCAAAUCCGAUCAUGUAAAGGCGCUCGUGCUUAAAACGCUUACAAUGUGUACAUAACGAAACAGACGAUAUGGCAUUCACAGUGUAUUACAUGUAUGCUAAUGCUGCCUUGUUUAGAAAAACGAGCUAUUUCUCAACAUUUUUAAUUUAUCUAUGUGAUGAUGCAAUCUAUUUUAUAUAUAAUAAUUUGUUGGUCUAUGGUGUCUGAACAAUAGUAAGGAUUUCAUUUCAAUGAUAAAUUUAUGUCUCUGUACAUAGAUGAUGUUU